AUGUUUGGAGGCAUCAAGGCCACUUUCUUGACUGACUACGCACAUACCGUUGUCAUUCUGAUCAUUCUCUUGAUGUUUGCCUUCACCGCAUAUGCGACCAACGAGAAUCUCGGAAGCCCUGGGAAAGUCUUCGAUCUAUUGGUACAAGCCGCAACGGAUCAUCCAGUCGAAGGAAACGCCGGAGGCUCUUACCUAACCAUGCGAUCGAAAGAAGGUGCAAUCUUCUUCGUGAUCAACAUCGUGGGCAACUUCGGUACUGUGUUCUGCGACAAUGGAUACUACAACAAAGCCAUCGCUGCCAGUCCCGUCGAUGCUCUUCCCGGAUACAUCAUCGGUGGUCUAUCCUGGUUCGCCAUUCCAUGGCUAGCCGCUACUACAAUGGGUCUCAGUGCGAUCGCUUUAGAAAACAACCCUGUUUUCCCCGGGUAUCCUAACCGCAUGGCCGAUGCUGACGUGACGGCUGGGCUUGUGUUACCCACGGCCGCUGUUGCUCUCAUGGGUUCGGGAGGAGCGGCUGCAGUUCUGCUUCUCGUCUUCAUGGCUGUGACCAGCGCCAUGUCUGCUGAGCUAAUUGCUGUUUCUUCCAUUUUCACUUAUGACUUCUACCAGACCUACGUCAACCCUAAAGCUACAGGGAAACAACUCAUCUACAUGUCUCACACCAUGGUUGUCGGCUUCGCUGUCGUAAUGGCAGCCUGGAGUACAGGGCUUUACUACAUCGGCAUCAGUAUGGGCUACCUAUAUCUCCUCAUGGGCGUCAUAAUCUCCUCCGCUGUCCUGCCCGCCACUCUAACGCUGAUGUGGUCGAAGAUGAACUGGGUCGCAGCAACCUUCACACCACCUCUCGGCUUCGCCUGUUCCCUCAUUGCUUGGCUCGUCACCGCCCAGAAAGAGAGCGGCGAACUCACUGUGCUCACCACCGGCGCCAACAACCCUAUGCUAGCAGGAAACGUUGUCGCGCUCCUCUCCCCCAUUGUCUUCAUCCCUGUCUUCACGUACGCUUUUGGGCCCCAAAAUUACGAUUGGCAGAGCAUGAAGGCUAUCCGCAGAGGCGACGACCACGACCUUGCUCUUGCCGCGAACGUUGAUCUAGAACAGAUCCCCGGUGAACAACGACGAGCCAUCGAAGCUGAUGAAGAGGAACAAGCCAAAUUACUCAAAGCAUCGCGUAUUGCGCGCUGGCUCACGCUCUUCAUGGCGAUAUCCUUCCUCGUGCUGUGGCCUAUGCCCAUGUACGGUUCUUCGUAUAUUUUCAGCAAGAAGUUCUUCACUGGAUGGGUUGUUGUGGGCAUUCUGUGGAUGUUCUGCUCAUGCUUCGCAGUAGGGUUAUAUCCGCUUUGGGAGGGGAGAAAAACAAGCGUCAGGACCUUCAAGUCGAUAUACAUGGACAUCACUGGGAGGAAGAAGCCGGGUAAGGGGCCGAUGGUUGUGGAGGGUGAGGGCACGGAUACACCUCCGGAAGCUAUGGAUGAGAAGAUGGUGGAGAAAUGA